AGUUCAGUGCACCGUUAUUAGUACUCGCUGAGCAAAUGUGGCAAGGAAAAAUGUAAACUUUUCUUAGCCAGACUACAUGUUUGCUAGAAAAUGAUUUGAAAAAAAUGUAAAACAUGUGUGGAGAGAUUUAACAGCUUAUUUAAAUUCUUUAUUCUCUGACUGAAGGUAAAUUAGGUUUGUGAAGAGGAAAAAAAUGUCCUCUCAGAGUAUCAAGCCACGAGAGCAUGUGGACUUGAUAUACAUCUCCAUUGAGACAGCCAUUGCCGUUGCGUCCAUCCUGGGGAAUGUAUUGGUCGUGGUGGUGGUGUGUGUGAAUCGGGCUCUCCGGAACACCACCUUCAGCUUCAUUGUGUCUCUGGCUGUGGCUGACAUCGCUGUAGGAGUUUUGGUCAUCCCCCUGGCUAUCAUUAUAAGUUUGGGAUUUAUCACUCAGUUCUACACCUGCCUCAUCCUCUCCUGCCUGCUGCUCAUCAUCACCCAGAGCUCCAUCCUUUCCCUGCUGGCUAUAGCCAUCGACAGAUAUCUGCGAGUCAAGAUUCCCACCAGGUACAGCAUCAUCGUAACCCAAGGGAGAGCAUACGUAGCAGUUUGCCUGUGUUGGAUCCUCUCCUACCUGAGUGGAUUGGUUCCAUUGAUUGGCUGGAAUAACCGCGAUGCCCUUGGAAACAUCAGCAGUUCCAGCAAAAUAGUCUGUGAGUUCACUGCUGUUAUAAGAAUGGACUAUAUGGUAUACUUUAACUUCUUCGGAUGGGUGGUGGUGCCAUUAACCUUAAUGAUUGCGCUGUACGGGGAGAUCUUCAGAGUGAUCCGGCAGCAGCUGAACCGCCGUGCGGAGGCCACUUGUGAUCGAGACAGGUAUUACCGGAAGGAGCUGAAGCUGGCCAAGUCGUUGGCCUUGGUGGUCUUUCUUUUUCUUGUGUGCUGGCUGCCAAUACACAUCAUGAACUGCAUCUCCCUCUUCUGCCCAAAGUGUCACAUACCAAAGUUUGCCCUGUAUUUCGGGAUUUUCAUGUCCCAUGUGAACUCGGCCCUCAACCCUAUGGUUUUUGCAUUCAGAAUAAAGCAGUUUCGUCUCACGCUGGUCCGAAUCCUUCACCGCUGCAUGUUUUGUAAACGGGAGCAUCCAACGCCAUGCCCCACAAGCACUCCAGCCAUCACCGAGAAAGAGGAUAUACACCUGUAGCGAGAACAAUUUGCGGGUUUGUCACUUCCAGUGGAAAAGUAUUGAGGACAAUGAUGGAAUUACAUGGACCAUAGAAGACUGAGCCAUUAAAAGAGACAGUAAUUCACUUCAAUGAGUCAGAGGAAACAUUGAUUUCUGAACCCCUUUUCGUUUGUAACUUUGGAUCAAAUGAAAAAAAAUAAAAUUCCCAUCUGUCUAUUGUUUUCACUUCAUGCUUUGUAAAUUUAUAACCGGGGCAAAAUUUUCUGUAGAAAAAAAACGAGCUCUCCA